GGUCCUUCAGCCCAUGAGCACUGUGCAGGGUUGGAGGUCUUAACUCCAAACACCCUUCCUCAAUCAGCCAGAGGCUGUGCUGGCGCUCUGGAUGCAGUCGUGGAGUCCACCAGAGGAUUAUGACCGGAGAGGGCACACUCCAGGGUCGUCCAUCACCGCCAUCUUCAGCAGGCCCAGCGUGAGGUGUCAUUGUGUCUCCUCUCCCAUCCCAUCCCCAUCCUGGGACACAGGACAGCUCGUCCUCCACCACCCACUGGUCCUCCACCAUCCCAGAGAUCCAUAGGAAGUGGUUGGUCCUCCACCUUCCCAGAGAUCCACAGGAAGUGGUUGGUCCUCCACCAUCCCAGAGAUCCACAGGAAGUGGUUGGUCCUCCACCUUCCCAGAGAUUCACGGGAAGUGGUUGGUCCUCCACCAUCCCAGAGAACCUUGGGAAGUGGUUGGUCCUCCACCAUCCCAGCAUGUCAUGUGAAGCUAAGGGAUAAUGAAAACAAGGCACUACAGACCAGGUCGCUCACCAUCAGGAGGAUAGAAACACUGAGUCUAUUAUCGAUAGAUAAAAGGGCACUUUAAAAAUAAUAACGGGAUGUGGUGAACUCAACGUGGAUUUAUGAAAGCGAUCAUCUUUGACAAACGUGUUAAUAGUUUUUUUUGAGUCCAGAUGAAGGGUCUCGACCUGAAACGUUGACUGUCCAUCUCCCUCACAGACGCUGCCUGACCCGCUGAGAUCCUCCAGCGUUUUGCGUUGCUCCAGGUUCCAGCAUCUGCAGAAUCUCUUGUGGGUCAAUAUUUUUUUGAGGUUAUAACAGGCGGAAUAGAUAAGGACAACCAAUUGAUGUGGAGUAUUUAGAAGACCUUUGAUUAGGCGCCAUACAGAAGGUUAUUAAACACAAGCUGAGCACAAUUUGAUGUGGGGGAAACUAAUUUAGUAGAGGACUGUGCAAUAAAACACCGUAGGAAGGAUUAGAGAACAGUAACAGGAGGAUAAAAUGUUGGCACAACAUUGUGGGCCAAAAGCCUGUACUGUGCUGUCAUGUUCUAUGUUCUAACAGUGAGAAACAGCACGAGGGGGGAGAGAGGGAACAUGAUGGUCUGAGAAGUUUACAAGGUAUGUGUAGAAACACGAGAAGUGUACGAGAUUGGUGAGCUGCCGUCACAGUUAACCACGUGGGAUUGUGAUGCUAUAACAGUAACAGAACGCCGGCUGAUAAAGUGGAAUUGGUUGAAAUAUUUCCGGACACUGAUGUUCAGCAAAGAUGGGGAAAGGGAAGAAGGGACAGGACUGUUGAUAUUGAUCAUGGAACGUAUUGUAGUACUGGGGAGAGAGGGUGUCCUGGAACUGUUUGCUUAGACUUAAGAAUCCACAUGUGUGAUUAACUUACUGGGACUGUUCUAUAGACCGCUGACGUGGGAGAGAUAUUUUCGGGGAUGAGAAAAGUCAAGGAACUAAAGCUAAGCCACGAUGGAUGUUAAGAGCAACAACCUAAAGGGCAAGGAGGGGGAAGAGUUUACCUUGAGGAGAACUUUCUUGAUCAAAUGUGCUUCAGGCAACAAGGGAGCUGGCAUGGCUGGACGUGGGUUUGGGAAAUGAGCCACGUCAAAUGGAGAAGGUAUUGGAUAUUGGAACAUACCGGAAACACUUACCAUCGUAAGGUUUGUAAUGACUACGGCAGAGGAUGUUGACCAGUCAACGUGUUUGUUACCUCGGAGGAGAGGCAGUUGCAAUGAGGUGAGGACAGAUCUGUCCAGGGCAAACUGAAAUCAAAACUCGACGGGUAAAAUUAUACAUUAACAAUGGGAGACCCUUAAAGUGGAGAUGCUUCAUCUGCAGCUACCCCAGGGAGAAGGGGAGGGACAUCAAAGCCACAGCUGCUUCCAUGACCAAAAACAUGAAGAGUAAAUUAGUGCAGAAAUAACGAAGUAGCAGGUUGUCAGCACCAGGCUUAUCACAGAAGUUCAAUGGGGAAGUGAAAAACGGAUUUGAGAGGCAAAGAGGGAUCAUGAGGAAAGAAAAACUGACAGCAACAGAAAAGGAAGUCCAAAAAGUUAGUUGAGUUUAUUGCCAUCUGCACAAGUCCAUGUGUGCACGGGUGCAAUGAAACACUUAAUUGCAGCAGCAUCACAGGCUCACAGCAUCGGAUAAGCAGCGUUCACAAGAAAAACAUAAAUUAAACACAAUUUUUACAAGAAAGAUCACAAUAGAAUGUGCAAAGUGGUCACAGUGUUGGUAUACUGAGUAGUGCUUAGGGUUGUGCAGGCUGCUUUAAGAACCAAAUGGUUGAAGGGAAGUAGCUGUUCUUGAAUCUGGUGGUGUGGGACUUCAGGACACGUGAACAGGAACAGAUCUGUAAUGGAGUGAUGAGACAGCAGUUCGAAACAAAAGCCAUUCCUGGAAGCAAAGGCCAUGCUGAGGCACUAACUGAGUACUUUACAUUAGUGCCUGGUGUUCCUGUGCUGUACUGUUCUCUGGUCUUCACCAAGGAAGGUGUUACCAAAGGAAGGUGUAUUAGUGAUUUGGGAUGGUCUACAAGUUGGUAAAGAGGAGUCUUUGAAAGAUUAAUUCCACAAAGUAGAUAAAUCACCUGGUUCAGAUGGGAUUGGGUGGUAGAGAGAAGGAAGAAAUUGCUGAGGUCCUGGCCAUAAUCUAACAAACAUCUAUAGACUUGGGUUGCCACGUGAGUCAGAAAUGAAAUUUAAAGCCGAAUAAAGUGAAGUUAACUAGGAAGAAUGAGAAGAGACAGUAUCAAUUACAGGGAACUGUUCUGAAAGGGAUAAAAGAACAGAGAGGCCUGGGAAUACCUGAGCACAGUUUAUUGAAAGUGGCAGGGCAGGUCGAGAAAAUGUGUUUAGAGCAUCUGGGAUCCUGGGUUUUAGAAGUCAAUGCAAAGAGAACAAGAGCAAGGAAGUCAUGAUGAACAUUUACGACACACCGGUUUGGCCACAGCGCAAGCACUGUGUUCAAUUCUGGAUGCCACAAUUCUGGAAAGACGUGAACGUUUUAAAGAUGGUGCAGAAGAGAAUUACCGAACUGAUUUCAGUAAUAAAAAUGGAAAAUGCUGGAAUAACUCAGGGUCAUCUGUGGAGAGCGAAACAGAGCCAACGUCUUCAACGAUUCCAACUGAACUGUUAACUCCGCUUCUCUUCCCACAGAUGCAGCCUGCCCUAAAGUCUAAAGUCAAGUUUAUUGUCAUCUGCACAAGUACACGUCUGCACAGGUGCAAUGAAAAACUUACUUGCAGCAGCAUCACAGGCAUGGUAGUGUAGAGGUUAGCGUCACACCAUUACAGCGCCAGUGACCUGGGUUCAAUUCCGGCCGCUGCCUGUAAGGAGUUUGUACGUUCUCCCCGUGUCUGCGUGGGUUCCCUCCGGGUGCUCCGGUUUCCUCCCACAUUCCAAAGACGUACGGGUUAGGAAGUUGUGGGCGUGCUAUGUUGGCGCCGGAAGCGUGGCGACACUUGCGGGCUGCCCCCAGAACACUCUACGCAGAAGAUACAUUUCACUGUGUGUUUCGAUGUACAUGUGACUGAUAAAUAAAUAUCUUAAACAUAUUCUGCAGUCUGUCCAAGCGGCUGAGGAUUUCCAGCAUCCGCACUUGGUCUGCCUUUGCAUUUGUAACCCAGGGAUGCGGUGGUCCUCCAGUAUCCCAGGCUGCCGCGGGAGGGCAGAGUCGGUCCUCCAGUAUCCCAGGCUGCGGCGGGCGGGGCAGCCCCGGUUGCCCCGGGAGACGUGAGUGCCGGCGGCCCGGUCUCCGGCCAUGGGCAACGAGCGGAGCGCGGCCCGGGGCGGCAACCCCUCCGGUCAGUUGGUGCCCACCUCUAGAUGGAAGGGGGCUUUGUCCAAGGUGGGGCUUUUGCUCUCAAGCUGGUAUUCAGCAACCUUCCAAACAACUGGGAAUCACAUCCAGGAACAGCUGGCCGAGGCACGAGGCGGCCCCGGCUACCAUGGAAGCACGGGAUGGCCCUUUCCUCGAUUCAUCUCGCUCUUCUUUCCAGUUUUUCCCUACAAGUCUCAGCGAAUGGAUCAGGAGUUCCAGGACAUUGAGUUCAUUGCGAAAGGUUCCUUGGGACCUAUUCUGAAAGUCCGUCAGAGGACCAAUGAGAAGAUUUACGCAGUGAAAGUGCUGCUGAAAGCAGAGGUUGUGCGACAGGGAAUCCUACAGCAGUGCAUCGAUGGAGUUGUCAUCCAGAAGCAGGUCCUCCAUCCCUUCGUGCAGGGAUUGCGGGAAUGUUGGCAGACUUCACGGCUGCUCUUCAUUAUGUGUGACUACCACUGUGCCGGCGACCUCUCGAGGCUCUGGACUGCCAGCAAGCCACUAGCCGAGAGCAGAGUGCGAGUGUUUGCAGCUGAGCUGGGCUCUGCCAUUGGUUUCCUUCAUGAUUUUGGAGUCAUUCACCGGGACGUGAAGAUGGAAAACGUUCUUCUGACGGAACGAGGCCACCUCAUGUUGACGGACUUCGGGUUGUCGCGCAGACUGUGGCGGGGAGAGAGGGCGCUCACCAUCUGUGGAACCGUUCAGUACAUGGCUCCUGAAGUGUUGAGGGGCAGCCCCUACAAUCACUCGGCUGACUGGUGGUCCCUGGGAGUCCUUCUCUACGCUCUGGUUGCCGGCAAGUUUCCAGUGGACCCCCAGUGUGACCACACCUCGAUGCUGAGGAGCUUGCAGGAAGCCCCCGUUUCUCCGCUGACCUCCGUCAGUCAGGAUCUCGCCUUCCUCCUCGCCGAGCUGCUGUGUGCUGACCCCCGACUCCGGCUGCAUCGUCUCGAUGCCUUCAGCGAGCACCGCUUCUUCCGCGGCCUGUCCUUCGAGCCCCAGCUCCUGCAGGGGCUGCCUCUGGAGAUCAGUCACCCAGCUGCAGAUCAGUCCGAUCCAGAACCACAGCUCUUCCGGGACUUCGACUGGGAGCCGGGAGCGCCGGCUCUGCCGCUGGCGGGGUGA